UUCAUCUCCAAUAUCCUAAGUCUUAUGAAGAAAAGGGUUUCAACAAAUUAUCAUCCUUCCAUGAUCAUCAUUCAAUGAGAACCACAGAAAUAAACAUAUUUCUGAGGCCACAGGACUCACUUUAGCCAAUGUUUAGCACCUAUAGCACCCCAUAUUGUGACCAUGUGUUUCUGUUUUCUGCUUCUGUGGUCAGCACUGAAUCAAGAGUGGUGGGUGCUUAGGUGUGGCUAAAGUCUAACUCAAGCAUCAGAUCUUGAUCAGACAGUGAGGCAAGGGUGAGAUCAUCUCAGACGAAAAAGCCCCCACACACCAGAAGAGAACACUGGGAGUUUAAAGACCAGGACGACACAACAACAUCUUUGACCAGAGAGGCCUUCCUGGGAAGAUGAAGCCACUCCUGCUCCUGUUGGUCUUUCUUCUGUGCCCAAGGGCAGAGGCAGGCAAAAUCAUUGGGGGCCAGGAAGCUGUGCCUCAUUCUCAUCCCCACAUGGCAUUUCUUCGUAUCCAGACUCUAAACACAACAGAACGAUGUGGGGGUUUCCUUGUAUGUGAGGACUUUGUUGUAAAUGCAGCCCACUGCUGGGGAAGUUCCAUCAAUGUCACCCUGUGGGCCCACAAUAUCAAAGAGAAAGAGAGGUCCCAGCAGAUCAUCCCUGUAAAAAAAGCCUUCCCCCACCCAGAUUACAACAGCAACUAUUCCAAUGACAUCAUGUUACUGCAGUUGGAAAAUAAGGCCAAGCUGACUGCUGAGGUGAGCCUCCUCAAGUUACCCUCAGAAAAUUCCCAGGUUACACCAGGGAUGGUGUGCACUGUGGCCAGUUGGGGACGCAUUGGCCAAAACAUAUCCACAACGAAACUGCAUGAGGUACAGCUUGAAAUCCAAAAGGACAAGGAAUGUCUCUCUCAUUUCAAAGAACCAUACAACUCCACCAUCCAGAUUUGUGUGGGGAACCCAAAAGAGAAGAAGGCUUCCUUUAAGGAAAACUCAGGAAGUCCCUUUGUGUGUAAAAAUGUGGCCCAGGGCAUUGUGUCCUUUGGGCAAAAGGAGGGGACACCUCCAAGUGUCUACACGGGAUCUCAAGCUUUCAGCGCUGGAUGGAAAAAACAAUGA